UACACCCUUUUUGGUCAAUGAAAAAGCUGGAGUGAAGGCCGCUUGACUGCUUUGCUGUUUCUGGAAUUCAGUUUCCCUGAAGUGCAUCGCAUUGGGAUCACCUCUUCAUCAUGGCUCGCCUUAAUGUCGUCUUGCUCGUGGGUGUGUCACUGGCGAUGCUGUCUGGCGUCCAGUCCACGCCGCAGAAAGUCACCAAACGUGUGCAUCUUACGAAUACACAACAGGAAACGGACUCUACCAAUGAACACGAAGUACAACCCGACAUCACCGAUGCGAUGCAAUCAAUUCAGAACACGCUUGCCAGUCUUGAACGGCGCAUUCUUGCUCUUGAAACUAACGAGACGAGACUUUCAGACCGUUUGGCAGUCAUCGUGGAAAUGUUGACAAUGGAGAAGACAGAUCAGAAACUGCUGAAUAAUAAUGAUGGAGUACCAACGAUGACAACCCCACCCAUGAGCGAUACUCAGAACGAGGAGGGAGACAACACGGAUGAGGACGGACACAACACGGAUGAGGACGGACACAACACGGAUGAGGACGGACACAACAUGGCUGACGAGGAAAACGAUGGAGCUGCUGGAGACCAAGGUGGAUCCCUUGAACAAGUACAAGAAACCUUAGACUUGCUUCAAGAAGCCGAGACGGCUAUAGAGCAAGCCGAAGCAGUACUGUCCGGAAAUCAGCAAGCUGCCCAGAGCACCCAAGCACCCAUCGAAAAGCCAAACAAACCCAGUCAGGAACCCAGUCAGGAACCCAGUCAACCCAGUCAGGAACCUAGUCGGCCCAAUCAGGAAAAUAGUCAACCCGGUGAGGAGCCCAGUCAACCCAGUGAGGAGCCCAGUCAACCCAGUGAGGAGCCCAGUCGGCCCAAUCAGGAAAACAGUCAACCCAGUCAGGAACCCAGUCAACCCAAUCAGGAACCCAUCCAAGACCCCAAUAUGCCUAGUGAGCCAACCCAGCCUGCCAAUAAACCCAGCCCUCAGCCUAGUCCUCAGCACAGUCAAAUAAUCAACCCUGGCAAUAACGGUGGCGUCGCAAUUCACAAUGGGGCACCCGCGAAUCAUGCCGCCAAGAAUGAAGAGGGCAACGCACAAGGCGAAACAAACCCUGAAGGUGUUCCGAUGGCUGGAGAUGAGACUAGCAAGAUUGACACCGAAGAAAGUGAUGAGACGGACAAUGAGACGGAAGAAGCGAACGAGAGCAGUGAGAAAACCAACAAAGAGGAACAACGAAGAAAUGAAUUGGAUCAAGCACUCAGCCAGCGUCAUUUUCGUGUCCGAAACCGCUUUUUACCUUCUCAUGGGCGUGUCGGCAGCCAUAGCGGCCGUUAGUCUUCUUGCACUCGGUUGUAUGUGCUACUGUCACAGGAAACAAUCGGCUCAACCCGAUAUGGAGCACUACAGAUAUUUGAUAGCGCGUCGCAGACGGGCAGCGAAUCCGAUCACGUCUAGGCAGAGGCACCGUCGUGAACACUGAACAUCUUCAACUUUUAUAUAGAAAAUUGAUUAUGGAUAGUCAUUGAUCGUCUUAUAUGAAAUUAUGAAUUCGUAAUUCUCUUUUACUUACGACGAUUAAGUUCGUUGGCCUUUCAUCUCCCCCCCUUUUUUUUUGGUCCCUUGGGCAUUUUGUAACAUGGUAAUAAUAAAGAUGAAUAAAUAUUACUUCAAAAUCUGGCGAUUUGAAAGAGGCAAAUAAAAUCGAAACAUAAAAAUUGCCAUUGUCUAAUAUUAGUAAUAAAUUAUUAAAAGUGAUGA